CUCUCCCCUCUCUCUCCUAGUGUAUGUGUUUGUAUAAAAGCCUCUCUCUCUAUGCUUUCACUUCACUCUCAGCUCUCCAUUGCAUUGCAAAGACUGAAGACCGAAAAAGAGGGGAGGGUGAUACGACCAAAAGGAGAUCCCCGUGUUACAGUGGGAGACAUUUCGUUGACCUUCCCCUUAUUUUCUCUCUCUCUUUCAUCUCCUCCUCACUUUCUCCCCCUCUCCCAAUGUGUUUUGGGUCUCAAUCUUUUCUUCCUCCUUCUUCUUCUUCUUCUUCUUCUUAAGCGUCUCCGCUCUGCUUGAACGGUGGCUGCAUCGAUGCAAAAUGGGUUGUGGCAAUUCCUCAGUCACCAGCAACUCAGGAGGGGGGCCAGCAGAAGCCUCCAAAGAAGUGACAGAAGAUCCCUUGGCAGAAGAUGAGAAAAGAAGGAACUAUGGUGGCGUAUAUGUAGGUCUACCAGCAGACCUGACCACUGUGGCUGCUAGUCAGUCCAAGUCCACACGUAAAGACUAGCAGCUACUGAAGGGAACACAACACAGGAUCCUGCAUAUUCAUUCACCUGGAGACACUCACAUUACAAGCAGAGAGCAUGUAAGUGCUCCGAUUCUGGCUCACCACACACUGAGUAAAGUCUCUCCUUGAGCGAGGACGUGGACAGCUUGUAGGGACUCUGAAGACGCUGCCUUAUGGAGUCAUGGGUGGCACAGUGACACAGGGACGCACAGUAAAUGUCUGCAUAUGGCAUCCAUCAACACCCUUCACUUUGCAAAAAAAAAAAACAAGAAAAAAAGAUGGGCAUUGAAGCAGACAAGCACCCACACUGGGACUGGAAGCUGUGGGCAUUGUGACAGACCAUCUUGGCUUCUCGGUCACGGCACUGGAACAUCCUCUUUCUUUCUCAGGAGGAGACAAGGGACAGCCAACUAACUAACUAACUAACUGUCUGGGACUCACACACAUUCCCAGUUGCCCUCUGCAAUAAUAAUCACUGCUCAGUUAUUUCUCUAAGACCAUCAAUGAUUCAUUGUGUGGCAGAGACAGAGAGUUAGAGAGAAAGCAGCAAACGCACUCCUGUUAAUGCGUCACAGAACAUCUCAGUGUUAUUGAAAAUAUUAUUGAUUUCAAUCAGGGACAUGCUGCUACAACAGAAGAGUCUGAAAAUUACUCUAAUUUUAAUGAUGGGUCUAAAAGCCAAAAGUUUUUUAAUCAAUGUCCCCAAAUGUCCUGGAUGCAUUAGCCAGGUCAUACCUGGUGUAGUCACUUAACUUGUGGCCCAGACUGAUUAUGUAACAUCAGCAUAUGACUCAUGAUACUUAGAGGAUCUCUCUCUCUCUCUCUCUCACUGUCUCUCUGCCUCUCUCUCUCACUCUCAUGCUCUCUCUGCAGCAUGUUGUUUUCCCCCCUGAAGGGCUCUGAUGCUAGUGCUUCUGGGUAAUUCACACAGCUCUUAUAAUCUUUCUUAGAAGCAGAAUUGUCACACAGUUUGUUCAUAUCUCAUAACAAAUGUGAUCUAAUGUGUAACAGCAAAAAAAUAAAAUAAAAUGUGUCUUUAAAUUAUAUUCAGUUGCAAAAAAUUGUGAACAAAGGAAACAUACUAAGAGACACAGAAGUGGUGAUUUUGUUUUAUCCUCCCUUGUUUCUCUUAAAACAGUUUGAUGACAUUGCUUUGUAACACCUCCAUUGAUUUUAUGACAAUCUGUUUUAUACAUUAUUUAUCACACUUUAUUGUGAAUGUUGUUUUUCUGGAUGUAAUCCUUGAAGGAUAAAGCUGGUGCUAUUGUGUAUUUUUCUUAUUGUCAACAAAUUCCGUGAAAGGACUAAAACCAACCAGUGUGACAAAAAGUUCUUAUCAUAAUUUCCUCACUUGAUGCUAUCAGAGUUUCAGCCUUGUGGCCUUCUGUAGCUGAUGGAGUUGUUUAGUUGUCGCAGAGAUCACAGAGAUAAGCAUGACAUUUUGUAUCACGGAGACAAGUAUGACAUUUUGGUCACAUGUAGUUUUUUGUGGUCACGUAUAUAUAUUGUUUAUAUAUACUGAUGUGUGUUUAUAUAUAUAUUUUGGCUUUAAUUCGUUAGUAGUUAGUAAUUCAAUGUUGAUGGUUUUUUUCAUGGGAUCUGUUGACAAUAAGAAAAAAAUAGAAUAAUCACCAGGCUUAUCUUUUAACAGAAAAUUUCACCAAACACCACAGUGUCCCCAGACAAAAAAAACAAAACAAACACAUUACAGCUAGGCGGUCAUUUGUCAGCCAGGCUCUUGACAGUUCUCUCUUCUAAUGAAUGUACAAGAUCUUCCACUCACCAGGACCCUAAAGGAGGGUGGAAAUAAGCCAACUUUAAACACUUGAGAUUCAAGAGAUGUUCUUUCCAUGCUACACAAAAGGCCUGUGUGUGUAGCCUUGGCUGCCUCGACUGGCCAGUCGCAUUAAAAAUAGAGACUUAUUUUGCCAUGCCUGAACACAAGCUUACUGUUUACUGUUUGUGUCUGUUUUCUUCAGAGUGACCACUAGCUGCCAAGCUGCGUCGCCGGUUGUUACAUUGAUACCAAGGGAUUUCAUGUAGUGUCGUUUAACUGCAAGCCAUUUGUCAGCUCACAUAGUCGCAGCGUUUACACUGUUCACCUCUGGUAGAGGCAGAAUAUACUGCUGAUACAAAGAGCUGCUUUAUUUACUGUGUAGUUUUACAGCAUAUAAAAAGAGCUGCAGUAUGCCUACAGCACCACAGCACUGAUUUGAUCAGAACCCCGCCUGAGACAUUAUAUUUUUAGUGUCCCUUUUCCUUGAUGUCUACAUUUCCUCCCUGCUGCUCCCUCAGUUUCCCUGCAUGAGUCCCUACCAGAGGCCUCUGGCUUUGACAGAGUGUUGUGCCACCUGUCUGUCCCUCUUUUAUCAGCCCCUCUUUGCCCUUUAUGGUUGUUCCUCCUGUAUAUGAUGAAUGUCAUUGUCUUUGCUCUAUUCAGUUAGUCUAACAGGGACAAGGGGGCAGAAUGUGGAUGAAUAACACAGUCUGAAGUGAAGCCCUCUACAUUAAAAUGCCACUGUGGGAUAGCUGUAAAAAGCUGUGCAACACAGCAUUGUUUGAAUGUAGUAGGGGUGGGGUGUGCUUAGAGAAGUAACGUACAUUGUAAAGGAGUAGUUUGACAUUUUGGGGAAUGUUUAUUUGCUUUCUUACCAAGUGUUAGAUGAGAAGAUUGAUACCACUUUUAUGUCUGUACAGCAAACAUGAAGCUACCGCCAGCUAGCUUAGUUUAGCACAAAGACUGAAAACAGGGAAACAGCUAGCCUGGCUCUGUCCAAAGGUAAUAACACUCACAUACGAGCACCUCUAAAGCUCACUUAUUAACAUUUUAUAUCUUGUUUGUUUAAUUCGUAAGAAAAACCCCAAAGUGUAAAAAUGGGUCUUCAUGCUAAACUAAGCUAACCAGCUGGCUUAGCUUCAUAUUUACCAGACAGACAUGGGCGUGGUAUUAAUCUUCUCCUCUAACUCUUGGCACGAAAGCAAAUGAGCGCAUUUCACCAAAAUGUCAAAUUAUUGCUUUAAUGUUUGGAAAUGUAAGAUCCUUCAGGUUUUUGACCACUUGAGGUCAACGCAGCUGUGAAUUGUUUUAAUUAUUUACAUGCCUAUUCACACACUGGAAAAGACCUGGAGUGGUCAUUAAAAACCCACCAGUGUCUCUUUAUGCUGUUUACCGCUGUAUGAUGUCAUGAUUAAAGCGGUAAUGACUGAGGUGAUCAGAUUUGUUCAGUGAUGUUUCACGCUGAAAAUCAUAUUUUACAGGCUAUUUUCUCUCUCUCACGUGUACUGUCGGUCUUUCAUCCACACAGACUCUUCCUCUUUCACACACAAACUACCUGCUCAUCAUAAAUGUCCAUGCACUCCUUCCCCAAACACACAGUCAAAUCACCUAGUAAUUCAUCAAUGAUGCUGACAUGAGGAGAAAAAAAAAACAACUUGACUGCCUCUGUGAAACUCAUCCAUAAUCUUCUAAUUAAAUCAUUUGUGAUUAAAGACUUUUAUAUUGUC